AAGGGGACAACUUAUAUAUGAACACAACAGCUUAUAGUGAUCAUUAUACUAACAGAAACACACAUUGGUACAUCAGGACUAAGCUUAAACCAAACCACCAAGCUGAACAUCAUGGAUGAAUCAGACAUAUAUGCUAAUGUAGAUGAACCUCCAGGCCAGCCUUGCAAAAGGACGGGUUUACUAAACGGCUCGGAGAUUAUUUAUGCGAAUGAAGAAAUAUUUCAGACUCUGGAGAUGAGCACAGCGGGAACUUCACUCACAGGUGCCGGACACUUCAAGAAGAGUUUGUCCAGAAUUGCAGCGGUGUGUCUGGGUCUGCUGUGUGUUUUCCUCCUGACUGGACUCAUUACUCUGAUGAUCCAAUACAACAAACACAACUCUGAAUGGAAAUCAGACAUGAUCAUGUUGAACAUCAGUAACAACAACCUGAGCAAGGAAAGGAACCAGUUACAGAGCAGUUACAACAACCUGGACAAAGAGAGGAACCAGUUACAGAGCAGUUACAACAACCUGGACAAAGAGAGGAACCAGUUACAGAGCAGCUACAACAAUUUGGCUCAAGAACGAGACAUGCUACAAAACAGAUUGGAGGAGGUUCAGAAAAAGCUUCUUGAAGGCCUUAAAGGUUGGGUGCAUUUCAACGGAAGUUUCUAUUACAUUUCUUCUCUGGAGAAGCCCUGGCAAGAAAGUAGAGCUGACUGCUUACAGAGAGGUGCAGACCUGAUGAUUAUCAACAGCAAAGAAGAACAGGACUUUGCGAGAAGUUUCCAGAAGCUCGUGUGGAUCGGACUGUCUGACAGAGAGAAAGAGGGGACGUGGAAAUGGGUGGAUGGGACUCCGCUGAACACAAGCUACUGGAACUCAAGGGAGCCAAAUGGUGUUCCAAACAGAGAUGAAGACUGCACUGAAAUAAAGAUGUACGCUUUGGUGAACAGCUGGAAUGAUGAGUCGUGUGAACUUCGAAGAUUCUGGAUCUGUGAAAAGACUUUUAAUAUGUAGCCCUGCGUCCACCUUUGACCUUCCUGACUUUAUGCUAAAAGCCAGCGAUAAGUCAAGGUGUGCAGAUGUUUAUACGCUGCUUUUCAAGGGAAAAUAUUCACACAGAGUUCAUGUUCAGACUGGGAAGAUUGCGCAGCGUCCAGUGUCAGUGGGAUGAUUGCUAACUGGGUGAGAAACCAUUAUUUUGUAAGGUCCCUUACUUUUGAACAAAUCCACAAAUAUACUAAUGCAGUGUUUCACCUAGGCUUACAGCUUUUUUUUUUG